GAUUGUGUCAAGCAAAAAUCAGCAACAUAAAUACGCGCGCAGUUCAAAAUUUUACGUGACCAGCUAAUUCAAUAUUUUUUAAUAAAAGCUUAUACAUGCUGUUAACAGUGCUCAAUGAGCAGGCUCCGAUCAAAUAUUUAUUUUCACAGUUACUUGUGAGUAACAGCAACAGACUAAUAAGUUGUAUUUUCUGUAAGGCACGUCAUUGGGUUGUUAUUUUUUUUUUGGAAAUUGCCAACAAGGAGAUUACAAAUAUAAAAUGAGCGCACUCUUUAACUUUCAAAGUUUACUUUCUGUCAUUCUGCUGCUGAUAUGCACCUGUGCUUACUUGCGAUCUCUGUUUCCAAGUAUCAUUGACCGCAACAAAACCGGGUUGAUGGGCACCUUUUGGAAGCUGGCGCGCAUCGGCGAACGUAAAUCGGCUUGGGUUGGUGGCGCCUGCGUGUUAAUGGCAUUUGCAGUGCUAUUUUGGAGUUAAUAUUAAAUAAUGCAAACAAAGAAACUCCAUUAAUACGAGAUUUAGUUCUAUUAUAAGUUGCAAUAAGAAAAUCUGUUUAUUUUUUAUAAAUGUCCAAUUCCACUUCGGUUCUAUUGAAAACAAAUUGCAGUGUUACCA